UCCACGCUGUCACUUCUGACGUUUGAAAUGUGACGUGUAAAUAACCAAAUAACCUAAUCACUUUUCAAACCCAAUUAAAGCAAAUCAUUUAGUUUUAAAUAAAAUUGGUGAUUGUAUAACUCGCAAUGGUUCUAAUGACUAUGAUAGCCCGUGUGGCCGACGGCCUUCCGCUAGCGGCAACGAUGCAAGAGGAUGAACAGUUCGGUCAUAGCAUUUUAGACUACCAGAAUCAGGCGAAAAUGUUGUUUCGUAAACUAGGUCCCCAAUCACCUCCCAGAUGUACGAUAGAGACUGGACCGUAUUUGUUUCAUUACUUGAUUGAAUACGAGGUUUGUUAUUUAGUAUUAUGUGAAAAAAACUAUUCCAAACGCUUGGCGUACUCGUAUUUAGAGGAUAUAGCCCAGGAAUUUCACGCACAAUAUGGAAAAAAAGUGAACACAGUCACUAGACCUUAUACGUUUAUUGAAUUUGACACCUACAUUCAAAAAGCCAAGAAGGUUUUCACCGACUCAAGAUCACGCCGGAAUUUAAACACUAUCAACAAUCAACUGCAAGAUGUUCAGAGAAUUAUGGUUCAAAAUAUUGAUGAUGUUCUGCAAAGAGGAACGGUGUUGUCAGAACUGGACACUAAAACGCAAAAUCUCUCCAUGUUAACGCAGAAAUACAAAAAGGAUGCAACGUAUCUGAACACCAAAUCAAUGUAUGUGAAAGCAGCAGCCGGGUUUAUUGUGGUUUUCGUCUUGUUUUUAUACUUUUGGGUUCUCUAGAUGACUGAAUACUGGUAUUUGUGUAAUCACAGCUGUGUGAUGCUUCUCUCCUAGGGAUUUAACUAAAUAUGUGGUCUAGAUAUUGUAUUUACUUCAAUAAAAUGGUUUUAUUUUUAA